GGUGGACCCCACAGACCGUAGACGGAGCUCCGACACGUAACCGCAUCGAAUAGCUGUCCUGAGCCCCGACGUAAGAAGUUCCAUAUUAGCUAUAACAAACGAUAAACCAACAGUUUAUUCCGAGCGCCCCUCCCAAAGAGUACCAUGGCAUCGCGGGGAUACGACGUCGUAGUUGACGUCGAUGCAGAGGGCGAUCUAGGACAUACAGAUCUGCAAGAGGACCUCGAAUUCCAUUCAUCCAAUUUCGAAGAUGGCCGGAACCGCGGCGGAAAGAUUGCGCCAGACAACAACCGAGCAUUUCUGAGCGGUGGACCGUCAAGAGGCUCUUCAGGCUCCUCGAAGCGCUACCUAUGGUCGAUUCAAUUCUAUGCGCAAUUCUUUGAUGUCGACACGAAUGAAGUGCUGAAACGAUGCUACGCUGCGCUUAUCCCGCGUGCGAAUUUCCUGGACGUGCUAGAAGGCAAUCCAGAUCUCUAUGGGCCUUUUUGGAUCGCCACGACGGUGGUCAUGAUUUUGUUUUUGACUGGCACGAUUAGUCAGUAUCUUAGCAGGAAUCACGAAGGGCAUUUUGAAUAUGAUUUUAGACUGCUGAGCGGUGCCGCUGGAUUGAUAUAUGGGUAUACAGGAGUUAUUCCUGUCGCGCUUUGGGGCCUGUUGCGAUGGUUUGGCAGCGAGUCCGCAAACGUGCUUGAAUGCUGGGCGCUCUAUGGCUACGCCAAUCUCAUUUGGAUCCCUGUGGCAUUGAUUUCCUGGUCACCAGUCACAGCUCUUAACUGGGCCUUUGUUGGCGUCGGUUUUGCGGCCUCCGCCGUCUUCCUUUUCCGAAACCUUUACCCCGUGCUUAGCGCGACAGAUGUAAAGACUUCAAAGAUCCUGCUGAUCCUUGUAAUUGCCUUACAUGCUGGCCUUGCGCUCGCAAUCAAAAUCCUCUUCUUUGCGCACGGGAGCCCAGUCUCGAAUAAGAAUAAGGGACAUCACGAUGAUGACGAUAAGAUGAUAAGGAUGUUCUUCGGCGCUUAAGUCCCUAGGCAAUGCGCCGUUCAUUCCACUUCACUUCCACAAUUUGCAUGUAUGAUUAAGCUUGUAGCUUAGAUAGCUUGUCUCAGGGCUUUAUUGUCCUUGCAACAUCAAUAUUUGGCAUCUUUUAAGUCAUGUUCUGAAAUUCUUUGCCGGAGUCUGAUAUCCUCGUACCCACUGCUGCGAUAGCCCAAAGAAAAGACGACGUCACAA